AACUCGAUUUUGUGCGCAUGCGUGCACCAGUGGCGUGAAGAGGCACGAUGGCUGAAGAAAGUCCCGUGCUGGUGUCACUGGUGGAGGAAUUUGUCUCGGGAUUGCAAGACAGUAAAGCCAAAGAUACAGCCGCAGGUCUCAAAAAUGGAGAGUUUACUGUUCUGCAGCUGGUGGAAGCAUUGGGACCGAGUCUGACCAGCACUCAGCCUCAAACUCGAGCCAGAGGGGUCAAACUGCUCUCUGAGGUGUUACAGGAGUGCUAUGAAGACCUCACACAGAAAGAAGUGGAAGUUCUUCUCUCGUUCUAUGAGAACCGGCUGAAAGACCAUUACGUCACCACACCGCCUGUCUUACAGGGACUCAGGACAUUGACCCAUUGCCCAACAUUGCCUCCCGGCGCAACAGUUUCCAUACUGAAGUCCUUGUUCCAGGAUGUUCAUGUUCAGUCGCUGUUGCUGGCCGACAGAGCGUGUGUCUAUAAGAUGCUCAUUAACGUCAUGGACACCAGAGAGGCUGAACUGAAGGGAUUAGGAGCCGACUUUGUGUUUGGUUUUGUCCAGUCGAUGGAUGGGGAGCGGGAUCCUCGUAACCUCCUCUUAGCCUUCCAAAUUGCCAAGAGGAUCAUCCACAGAGGUUACAGUCUAGGUAAAUUUGCAGAGGAGCUUUUUGAGGUGACGUCCUGCUAUUUCCCCAUUGACUUUACUCCGCCCCCCAAUGACCCUCAUGGUAUCACCAGAGAGGAACUGAUACAAGAACUGAGGGAAGUCCUCACGGGAACUCCGAAAUUUGCUGAGUUUCUGCUGCCCCUAAUCAUUGAGAAGCUGGACUCUGACGUUCAGAGUGCAAAGCUGGACUCUCUUCAGACCCUGGCUGCUUGCGUGGCAUGGUAUGAACACAAGGACUUGGCAGGAUUCCUUGAGGGACUGUGGGCAUCACUGCGCAGAGAGGUGUUCCAAACAUCGAGUGAAAGGAUCGAGUCAGCGGGCCUCGCUGCUCUUACCGCCAUCACUUCCUGUCUUUCUCGCUCGGUUCUAAGCUCAGAUUCUGAAGAUGCCCUCAGCAUCUUCCUGGAGAUGGUUCUCAACGACUGCAAGCAUCACCUCUGCGAGCCCGACCUGAAGCUAGUGUGGCCCACCGCGAAGCUACUCCAGGCUGCCUGCAGCGCUUCCAACAGGGCGAGUCACAUCAUAGUAGCAGCUGUCAUGCCGUCGCUCAUCGAGCAGUACAACAGCAAAAACCAGUGUUCCCAUCGACGGACGUUAUUGGAGGUGAUGCAGCGGUUCGUUCAGUCUGUAAAAAGCAGCGAGUCGUCAGAAAACGAAGAGCUUGUGCUUUCAGCCGUCUGUCCGUCCUUGUGCAGCGUCACCUUCGCAGCUCUGUCAGAGACCAACGGCAGCCUGCAGGUCACAGCCAUGUCCGUGCUCAUCUCUCUAGCGCGACAAGCAGGUUUGUUAUCAAACUCUCAAAUCGAGCUGGCUGUCGAUCAUUUGGCUCGUCUGGUACUGUCAGACGAAGACGACACAAUCAGUCUUGCCGUGAUCUCGUGCGCUGGCGGCUUGGCAGAACUGCACCCGACCGUUUUCAUCACCAAUAUGAUCCCGAGGAUAAAGAAAGUGAUCUUUUCUGAGUCGAUACAACAAGAUGGAGAUUCCGCGCAACACACGCAGCCGGCCGUGCGUCAGCGCUGUUUGUCCGUGUUAGCUGCGGUUUCCAUCAAGCCCAGCGUCGCUCAGGAGAGCACGCCCGUCCUCUUGGAAGUCCUCGGUGCAGCACAUUCCGGCGAACUUGGGUUCUCGUCAGAGGAGGCGGUGUUGGCGUGCAGCAGCUUAAAGACAAUAGCCGAGCGAGUCGAAGACACCGAAGACUCCGGACGAUGCUUCCACGACGUCAUCGUCCCGCGACUGCUUUCGUUAGCGCUGCAAGCCGCACUUAAGGGCGAGAUUUCAUCUGCUCACCACAGUCCUCUGACACAAGAGGCGGUUCUGUCCACCAUGGUCGGCGUCAUCAGUACAGCUUGCUCCAGGCUGCAACCGACACUGGCGGGCCAGACAGCUGUGCGGUUUGUGUCGCUCUUCCUGGACGGUGACGUCUCCUUUUUGCCCGGCAACUCCUUCCCUUCGCAAAUAAAGCUGCUUGCAAAUCAGCAUGGGGACUCUUGGAGGCAAUCUCAGAUGGUUUGUCUGCUGAUGGGAUGUGUGUGUUCGCUACCUCGCACUGCGGCGGUGCCCCAAAUGGAGCGCCUGCUUUCAGAGCUGGAAGAGAUGAGUUGCACGUGCAGCCACGUGAUGUCAUACACCUCCGCUGCUAAGUGUUUUGCCGGCCUGCUCAACAAGAUCCCCGCGGGCGACUUUCUUGACAGUCGACUUCAAAAGACAAUGACCAGAAUCUUGAGUGAGUUGAACUCAGCAGAUUCGAGUGUCCGUAUGCAGGCAUUCACCCUCAUGAUAUGGGUUGCCAAGGCUCUGCUUCUUCGCUAUCACCCAACAUGCGCAGCACUGACUGACAAGCUCUUCUCGCUGCUUGAUGAUGCCGAUCUGGGCCCCGUGGCGGCCGACGGCUUCUCGCUGCUGAUGAGUGAUUCGGCGGACGUCCUGAGCCGCGCUUGUCACGCAGACGUACGCAUCAUGUACCGCCAACGCUUCUUCAGCGAGAACUCGGCCAAGCUGGUGCAAGGUUUCAACGCGGCCCCCCAAGAGAAGAAACCAAACUACCUGAAGGCUCUGUCCAACAUAGUCAACAAACUACCCAAACAGGUUCAAGUUACUGAACUACCAGCGCUGCUGUCGCUGUUGCUUGAGGCCCUGACGUAUCCAGACCAGGGCGUCCAGCUGUCCACUCUGUCCUGUCUGGAGCCCGUCAUUGCCGACCCACCACCGGCACUCAUCCAACAGCUGGAGGCUUUGGUCGUCAGACUGCUGCCCCUCACAUCCGCUCCCAACAUGAAUGUCAAGAUCGCAUCGCUGCGGUGCAUCCACGCCCUUUCCCGCUUCCCUGAGCAUGAGGUGUUGCCAUUUCGGGCCCGAGUGCUGCGGGCCUUGGCCAGACCUCUGGAUGACAAGAAGAGGCUGGUGAGGAGAGAGGCAGUUCAGGCGCGGGGAGAGUGGUUCCUCUUGGGAAGUCCUGGAGGAAGGUGAUUUUUAUUUUCGACCCAACACAUUCUACGACAAAAGACAGAUGGAGUCCCACGUUCACAUGCACUUCAUUGCGGAUUUUUUUUUCUUCCUUCCUACUGAAAUGUGGUUCAUCGCGACUCCUCAUGUUUUCAUAAACGCACAAUUGAGACAUCUGGGCCGACAUCUGCAACGUCAUCAUUUAGCAUUUAUUUAUAUGUGCAACACACAGUUUUUGUUCAAUGUGUGUCCUCUGAAGAAUGUAAUGCAGUCGAGCGUCUGUGUCAAGUGAACAAGGCCUUAAGGUAUGACUUAAUAAUUCUACUUUAAGGAUAAUUAAGAUAAUUUAAGGAUUGUCUACACCCCAACAUUUGAAAAGGAGCAUGGCUCUCGGGAAUAAACAUGAAUGCAGUAGAUAUUAUUAAAUAUGAGCCACAUAACAUGGACCUACCCAAAUGAACUGACUCCCGUUUUUAUAGCCUUAGUGUACCUUAUUGCUUUGCGACUUGACGUAUUUUUACAGUUCGUUUUCUGUCAUGUUAAACAUUGUCCGCCUUCACGUUUAGAACACGCAGCAAUAUCAUAUAAUUAUUUGUUGUCAAACCAAUGAAAUUAAUUUAAAAUGCUUAAUAAAUGAAUUAAAACA